AUGGCGGACAACAAUGACGGCUGGAUCCAGGUGAAGCAUGGCAAGUGGGCCAACCGUGUUCGAUCCGCCAACGGCGAGGCGGCUAAUGACCCUGGUGCCAACAAACCCCUGGCUGUCGACCCAGAUGUCGUUGCCGAGCUCCAGAAGGAGUUCCAGGCGAUCCAGGCCGACCUUGAGGCCUAUUUCCCCGAGGCCGAGCUGCGUAAGAUCUUUGCGGACCAUAUCCUCAUUUUCCCCAACUAUGUCCAGGACCCGGUUUCCAAGAUUGUCUGCUUCGGCAUUGGCUGCUUCGACCACCCUGAGGGCAACUGGCAGGCCAAGCGAACUUCCUACUGCCAGCUGGCGGCCCUGCUUGUGAUUGCGGAUGAAGUUUCGGAGAGCUUGGGCAGAGAGCCGUUCAAAAUCAUGUUCCAGGAGCCCGCCUUCAACGUCAACGAUGUCGCCUUCAUCGAGUCUCUUGGCCACACCGUGGUGGAGUCUCCCGAGGGCCUCGAGCACAUCGAGCCCGACACGCUCUUCUACGGCCCUCACCUGUACUACGAUCUGUACGCCGAGGCCCUCAAGGGCGAGCUGCCGUCCAUUUACGUGGGCUCGAGCGCUGACGCCUGGGACUUGAAUUUCUUGCCUAAAAGUACCCAUCUCCUGCCAGAUGAGUUUCCAACCAUGGUUGCCCCCCUGAAGAAGAUCUUUGAGGAGUACAAGCAAUUCAAGUUCCCCGAGGUCGAGGGCGGCGUCGCCUUCCAUGGAACCUACAUUUGUCUCCGUCCACCUCUGGCUCAUCAGCGGGCUGUCUAG